GAGUUGUCGCAGCUGCGAGCGCAUGCGCGUGACCGCGGCGAGGAGAGAGCCCCCUUGCGCCAAGAUGCGUCGCAUCCUUCGGCGCUGUCGGAAGUGGACUUCCUCUACUCGGAGCUGGCGCAGCGAGACAUGGACAUUGUGCGGCUUCAAAGCCAGUUGGGCAUGUGCAAAGCGUCCAAUCAGCUCUUCUCCCGCCGGAUGAACAUGCAGAGCAAGCUGAACCAGAUCCUGCAUGACGUGCUUACCGAUGGCGAGAAUGCCGAUUUGAUG